AUGCUACUGUUGCUGUUCGUAGCAGCAUUAUGGGUGUCUGCCGCCGGGCAGAGCUUCUACGCAGAAUUACUGCGAGAGAAUUCACCUUUCGCUGAUGCGCCAAGUGUCGAUCGCUACCUCUCGAAUUUGGCAAAACUGAAUGAGUUGCAAAGUCGAAUUGUAGGCGUCCGACCCACCUCCCGAGACGAAAUGCCAUUUGAGGACAAACCAGCAAAGCCAGACCAAUUACCAUACAUGUUCGAGGGCGAUAUCCUUUUAACAGACGAUCAGCUAGAAACUAUCAUACGCAACACCGAGGAUCAGCUGUGGAACAAGGGUGUAAAGCCAAGAGCUCGCCGUUCGAUGACAUCAAAUCUCUACGCUCGUUGGCCAUCUACGCCUAUACCGUACUACAUCAAUACGGGAUCAGGAGUGAGCGAAUCUGCUGUUCUCGCUGGUAUUGCACGGUGGGAGGCUGACACUUGCAUCAGAUUCACACGACAGUACAGUCUUCCUAGUCGGAAUGGGAUCGAAUUCUUUCUUGGAAGCGGCUGUUACUCGAUGAUUGGCCGUGUCGGCUCGUCAUCGCAGCAGGUCUCCAUCGGAUAUGGGUGCACUUCACUCGGCACUGUGACCCACGAAAUCGGCCAUGCUCUCGGCUUUUACCACGAGCAAGCACGUUACGACCGAGACUCCUAUGUGACCAUUGCCGCUGAGAAUAUUCAAAACGGCUAUCUGAGUCAGUUCACCAAGCAAGCUAAAUCAAGUAUGCAGGACUACGGUGUCGGUUAUGACUUCGGAUCUGUAAUGCAUUAUGAUCAGACUAGUUUCUCUCAGAAUGGAGGCCACACUAUUAAGACGAUUGACACAAACUAUCAGCAAACUAUUGGGCAACGAGAAGGGCCUUCUUUUAUGGAUGUGAAACGUAUCAACAUGGCCUAUUGCAGCAGUUCUUGCUCGUCGGCGUUAGAUUGCCUACACGGUGGAUAUACCGAUCCAAAUAACUGCGCCGUAUGUCGAUGUCCAACAGGAUUUGGUGGGAAGCUCUGCGAACGUGCGGCUACGAACCCGUCGGGGUGCGGUAGUGGAGAUCUCGUAGCUUCCGCAUCACUUCAGUCGAUUUCUGCCAGCAAUGGUGUCACAUGCUCAUAUGUUAUUAAGGCACCGCCUGGCAGACGCGUCUACUACGAAGUUUCGUCGUUCCGGUUCUCGAACUCGGACCUUUGCAGUUACAACUUUCUGGAAAUCAAAUACGUAGCUGAUCUUCAGCGUGCUGGGGCAAGGUACGGAAUUCAUAUCCUCCCGGGAAAACUUACCUGA